AUGGGCCCCAUUGUCGACAAACUACAGUUUGACAGGGCUCGCGGCUUCAUUGAGCGCGCCAAAGCCCAGCAUAAGCUGCUUACGGGUGGGAUCGAUGCUAACAUAACACAGGGCUACUUUAUCCCUCCGACUGCCUUCCUUGAUGUCCCUGAAGAUGCAGAAAUCGUGAAGACCGAGAUCUUCGGUCCCGUGGCCAUCGUCAAUACUUUCAAGACAGAGGAGGAGGCUCUUGCAAAGGCUAACGACACCGAGUACGGCCUGUUCGCUGGUGUCUUCACCCAGGACAUCAACAAGGCCAUGCGUAUCGUUGCAGAGACAGAAAGCGGCAUGGUUGGAGUCAACUGCAUGAGCUACGCUUCUCCCAGUCUCCCAUUUGGUGGCGCCAAGCAGAGUGGUGUUGGGCGUGAGAGUGGCAUGGACGGCUUGCGGGGCUUUACUGAGCCCAAGACUGUCUACAUUAACUUGAACUACUAA